AUGAACUUCUCCGUUUGCCGUGUCCUAAAACCUUUAUGUUAUUGUUUCUGUCAGCUGAAAGGUGGAAUCGAUGAUUGCCCCUGUUCAGUGGAUACAGUGGAUUAUUUCAAUAACAUCAAUGUUUAUCCACGCCUGCAAACCUUGAUGCAUCUAGAUUUUUUUCGGUACUACAAAGUCAACUUUUUACGAGAUUGUCCUUUCUGGGUAGACGAUUCGAAGUGUUCUGUUCGAGAUUGUCACGUGAAAUCUUGCCCUGUCGACCAUGUACCGGAAGGAAUCCGCUCGGAAGACAAGCAGAUUUUCUGUGAUAUCCGUGAUAGCCCACCGUCAACUUCGAAUGAGGAACUAGGACGCCUUGAUGCGACACUGUCGGAAAGUGCGCGUCAAGAACUUCUGCAAUGGGUUGCGCACGAUGACGUGGAAGCCUUGAGCUACUGUGACAUAGGAGACAAUAUGGAAAACGAAGCGGAAUUUGUGGACCUAUUGAUAAAUCCUGAGCGGUUUACAGGUUAUCGUGGACCAUCGGCCCACAGAAUUUGGCGUAGUAUCUAUGAGGAGAAUUGCUUCAAGCCAGAUAAUGCUGUAUCGAAUCCCUUUGAAGCCUUGAAGAAUAUGUGUAUUGAGAAGCGUGCAUUCUACCGUGCAUUAUCUGGCUUGCACACCAGCAUCAACGUUCAUCUUUGCGCAGGUUUCCUGAUGACGGAGCGUGCUAAAGCUUUGGCUUCUCUUUCUGCGAACAAAGUGGCUUGGGGUCCAAAUCUUGAGGAGUUCAGGAAGCGGUUUGAUCCGGAUAUGACGGAGGGUUAUGGUCCACAGCGGCUCAAGAAUUUGUACUACCUGUACUUGUUAGAAUUACGUGCGUUGUCGAAAGCUGCUCCCUAUCUGGCUCGUCAACAAUUCUACACAGGCAACAAAGAUGAAGAUGAAUCAGUGCGAUUGUCCGUCCGUGAUCUAUUGAGAGUUUUACGCUCAUUUCCAGAUCCGUUCGACGAGAAAAUUUUAUUCAAUGAUCCAACAAGUGGGACAGUUUUGAGGGAAGAGUUCCGUCAGCAUUUUAUCAAUAUCACUCGUAUAAUGGACUGUGUUGGAUGCGAUAAAUGCAAGUUGUGGGGCAAGCUUCAAAUUCAGGGUCUCGGAACGGCGCUGAAAAUCUUGUUCACUCCAGAUGAUCACUUUUCGCCUUCCAGAGGACACUUGAAGUUUAGGUUACGGUCCUUGCUCUAA